UCAACACUACGCCAUUUCUUUCUUUCUUUGUUUAGCAUUCUUUGGCUUUUGCUUUCUCUCCAGCAUUCCCCUGUUUGUUUCUUCCUUCAUUACUCUUCUUUUGUCUUUCUCUAACCAAUUUCCUUAGAUUUCAAGGAAAAAAGGAAAAGAGAAAAAAAAUGAGUUUCCAGGAUCUUGAAGCUGGUUUUGUUAGGCCGCAGCAGAACAACUACUUGAAUUCUUCUCGGCAAAAGCUGAGGCAAGAAAAAGGAGAGGCUUCGGCGUCGCGGUCCGUGGCGGUUGGGAUUUUCAAAAUAAGAACUGCUAUUUUGGGCUUUGAUCGUCUUGUUAAUUCCCUUGGUACCCCUAAGGACACCUUUCAAUUACGCAACAACUUGCAUAAGACAAGGCUACAUAUCAGGCAGCUGGUCAAAGAGACUUCAGCUAAACUAAGGGAAGCAACUGAAGCUGAUCAGGAUGCUGAAGUCAGUCCCUUAAAGAAGAUUGCUGAUGCUAAGCUUGCGAAAGACUUUCAGUCAGCUCUUAAAGACUUUCAGAAGGCUCAAAGGCUUGCUGCUGAGAGGGAAACAGCAUAUACUCCUUUUGUUCCUAAAGAAGUUCUUCCUUCCAGUUAUGCUGCCCAUGAGGGGGAGAUAAAUUCAUCUAAGAGUGCAGAGCAGCAAGCUCUUCUGGUAUCAAAAAGCAGACAAGAAGUUGUACUUUUGGACAAUGAAAUCACAUUUAAUGAAGCUAUUAUUGAAGAAAGAGAUCAGGGGAUCAAAGAAAUUCAGCAACAGAUUAGUGAAGUGAAUGAGAUUUUCAAAGAUCUAGCAGAUUUGGUCCAUGAGCAAGGAGCCAUGAUUGAUGAUAUUGGUUCGAACAUUGAGAAUUCCCAUUCUGCAACCGUGCUAGCUACUUCACAUCUUAAAAAAGCAUCCAAGAUCCAGAGAGCAAAUUCAUCCACAGUAAGUUUGGUUUAUCCUAAUCAUUUUCCCUUGCUCCACAGGAAAACAUAUUUCCUGCUUAAGUCUACAUUGUUAACUGUUGGCGUUGGGUUUCAUUUAUAAAAGCUGAUAAGACAUGAUAAGUCUCUUAAAAAAAAAAGACAUGAUAAGUUAAUUAAAAUGAUUGCUAUGCGCCCUUGUCAUCAUCAAUCAUUGGCCUGUUGUUUGUUGACAUCCUUGUCAGCAUCUCUAGGUCGGUAGAGCACAUAUUAAUAGAUAAUAAAAAAAUUAUUUAUUUUUUAUUUAGAAUAAUAUCAGUUUCGUUUCCUGAAAUGUCAAGCGGGGAAAUGGUGGUCAGUUAGGUUAUUGGUUUUUUACACAAAAUGAAAUUAAUUGAAUGCAUAAAUCAAAAUAACAAUCUUAUGAGCUAAAAUAUCAGUCUUCUUCACAUCAAUUUUGUUCUUAACUCGAUCCGAUCAUUUAUUUACCAAUUUUUAGUCAUAAUUAUAGUUGUUUCACAAAAAAUAAUUCUUCAGCUUCGUAUUUUCCUAAAUUAAGCUCAUGGUGGAUGAUAUUUAAAACUGUUUAUAGGAAUAACUUAAAUAGUUAUUUUUACUCUACCAAGUUUGAUCAAUGUUUGCAUUUUGUGAACAAAUUUGUGACAUUAAAAGGAAAAAAAAAAAAAGAUUAACCUAUGACUCAUUA